GUUAUUCAUUCUUUUUUCCGGUUGUCAAUGUGUUGAUGCAUAUACCUGCAAGACUGUCUUUAGUAAUACUGUUUAACUUUACACACGGAGCAAAGUAAAUAAUUGUUUAUGAUAAUGUAUAUAGCAGAGUUCCUUUAUAGUAUGCUUAAAUUGGCUUAAAAUUUUAAAUGGUUCAGAUUAUUUAGAGCUCUCAUUGAUAUUGGUGUGUGGACAGUCAUGCUGGUUGAUGGCAAUGAGGUCUGCCGUUAGUGUAUUAUAUUUCAUUAUUCUACAAAUUUUGUGGAUAUUCAGAUCACUGUAUGAAGCAAUAAUACCGGAAAAAAACAGAGAGAAGAUUAAUCCCCAAGACGCAAAUCAACCUCAAAGGGACGAAAAUACUCUUUAUUCUUCAUCGGAAAAGGAAAGACGACACUUGAUUCAUUUAUUUACAACGAAGCCAAAUCAAGACAAUGGAAGACCAGUUUGUUACAUGCACGUAUGCGAAAUAUUAACUCCUCACGAAGAAGAAAUGCUGAGAUGUGUUUGCGCGAAGGGUGCCACCGAUACUACUACGUAUUUCAACUACGAUAAUAAUGACCACAUGCCACCCACUGGACGAAUUUCCAGAGCGACUUUCACGAAUGCCUGGAUGGAAUCAUUUUCGUUAGUCAUAUAAGUUAAAAAAUGAAAACUGGGAAAUAUCAAGCUACCUAAUUAUAACAAUAUUAAACUGACGACUUUUCAUUCCACGUUUGAUACGUACUUAACAUUUUAUCAUGCUGGUCACGACCCACGAAGACUAUCUAUCUAGUUUCUUGAUUAAUCUUGUGUAUGCGCAAGCGUCAAAUAAAUAUGUACUAAUAUAGCAGCAUUUUGCCGUAUAAACAGUUAUGUGAAUCGAAUAAUGUUUUAAUUUAUUUAUAGACAUUCUGUGAUUUUUACAAGAUGAGUCGAACAAAUUUUAAGUACUUGGUAUUAAGCUCGGUGUUUAAUAUUUUAUGUGCACAGAAUAUAAAAGAUGGAAAUUUCACGCCUAUUGUAAUGUGGCAUGGAAUGGGUGAUAGUUGUUGCUUCUCAUUCAGUUUAGGAGCCGUUAAAGAAAAACUAGAGGAAGCUUUACCUGGUAUUCAUGUCGUCUCCUUACGCAUUGGCGAUUCAGAGGUUACCGACGUGGAGAAUGGAUACUUCCUUCAUCCAGACAAGCAAAUAAAGAUGGCUUGCGAUUUGGUAAAUUCUGAUCCACUACUCGCUGAUGGAUUUAACGCUCUGGGUUUCUCACAAGGCGCACAAUUUUUGCGAGCUUUAGUGCAAAGAUGUAAAACGGUAAAAAUAAAAAACCUAAUUUCACUCGGAGGGCAACAUCAGGGUGUCUACGGGUUACCUAAUUGCGGUUCAUUAUCGAACAGCAUCUGUGAUUAUAUUAGAAGACUGCUUAAUCAUGCUGCAUAUUUUGGAUGGGUUCAGAAAGCUCUAGUCCAAGCUACGUACUGGCAUGAUCCUCUUCACGAACAAGACUACAAAAAUCAUAGUACUUUUUUGUCUGAUAUCAAUAACGAAUUAACAAUAAAUCAAUUGUAUAUAGAAAGACUACAAACAUUAGACAAUUUGGUGUUGGUUAAAUUUGAAAAUGACACUGUUGUACAACCCGCAGAAACGGAGUGGUUUGGUUUUUAUAAGCCUGGACAAUCUAACAAAAUUGAAACUUUGCAAGAAUCUAGACUUUACACAGAAGAUCGCCUAGGUCUUCAGAAACUAGAUAAAAACUCAAAACUCCAGUUCUUAGCCGUUCCCGGAAACCACUUACAGUUCGAUUGGCCAUGGUUUAAAGAAAAUAUAAUAAGUCCGUACCUGAAAAAUUAAUGUAUUAUUAUUUUAUAUUAUUAAUCAAUAGUCAUAUAAUGUACAAUGCAAAAUCUCUGUUUGUAUAUAAAUUGUAGAAUAUUAUUUUGAUUGAAAAAAUAAUUACUGUUAUUGUAGAAA